GCGCCAGCGGAGAAACCAACCCUGCUGGCACCCAAUUUGGGUGCCAGCGGGUUUGCGGUGACACGCCCGGAUUCGGAAGCCAGGGCCUGGAAUUUUCGAGGUUUGUGCCGGUUUGGGUUUGAUAGCGCCGCGCGUGUCUUUUGUUGCCCGGCCGUUUCGCCCAAGUUCGCUGCCGGCAGCUUUUCGGCAAAAACGCCGGGUCGCGAGGCAGCAGCCUUGGAUUUGCCGACUUUGCGCCGGAUUGGUUUUGAUGGCGCC